UACAGUAUGGCCUUUGCUUUUGAUAUCAUUUUUUACUUCCCUUGAAAACUGUUUUCUCGCAUCUAUCAACCAACAUUUCAAAAAUUUACCCAAUUAUGUCAUCGGCAGGCAGACGAACACAUUACGAGCCGCCGUGGGGUAACGCGAGCAUCGUUGGAGUGGCAGGAAGCUCUGGAUCUGGUAAAACCUCGUUGGCACUGGCUAUAGUUGCCUCUCUGAACUUACCAUGGGUUGUAAUCCUGUCUAUGGACUCUUUCUACAAGUCCUUGACACCGGAGCAAUCAGCAGCAGCCUUCAGAAAUGAGCAUGAUUUCGACUCGCCAGAGGCCAUUGACUUUGAUAUCUUGGUUGAAAGGCUGCAAGAUAUCAAGAAUGGCAAAGUCGCACAAGUCCCCAUUUACUCGUUCGAAAAGCACGCCCGUCUCGAAAAGACAACAACAAUCUAUUCUCCCCACGUCCUCAUCCUGGAAGGCAUUUUCGCCCUCCAUGACCAACGUGUUUUGGAUCUCUUGGAUCUAAAGAUCUUCGCUGAAGCAGACUCCGACCUCUGUCUCUCACGACGUCUAGUCCGUGAUGUGAAAGAGCGAGGCCGCGAUAUUGAAGGCUGCAUCAAACAAUGGUUCGGCUUCGUGAAGCCAAACUACUACAAAUACGUUGCCCCUCAACGUGAAAUCGCAGACAUCAUUGUUCCCCGAGGUAUUGAAAACCACGUGGCCAUUAAUAUGGUCAGCGACCAAGUGCGCAAGACGCUCGCCGACAAGUCUGCACUGCAUCAAACAGAGCUCCGACGCCUAGGCAAGAUUGCAGAGGACAGUCCGCUGAGUGAGAAUGCGAUUGUGAUGCGGCAGACGAAUCAGGUUAAAGGGAUGCAUACGCUCCUUUUGGAUCCGAGCACGUCAAGAGAGGACUUCAUCUUCUACUUCGACCGCAUGGUUGCGCUGCUUGUUGAGACGGCGACAGAUUUCCUACCGUUUACAUCUACAGAAGUCUCUACACCGCAGAACAAGCUUUACAAAGGUCUGAAGAAGAGCGCAAGUGUGAGUGCGGUGGUCGUUCUACGCGGUGGCAGCGCAUUUGAGACGGGCCUUCGACGCACCAUUCCGGAUUGCAGGACAGGCAGGAUACUCAUUCAAACAAACUAUAGCACAGGCGAGCCGGAACUGCAUUAUCGAGCAUUGCCGGCAGGUAUUGCGCAGGACGGACUCGUCAUGGUGUUGGAUCCGCAAUUCUCGUCGGGCGCAGCAGCGCUGAUGGCAGUCCGGGUGUUGGUAGACCAUGGCGUGUCUGAGGAGAAGAUUGUCUUCGUGACGUAUACGGCUGGUCGCGUUGGUGUGAACAGGUUGCUCAGCGUGUUCCCAGACAUGAAAGUUGUGAUUGCGAGGUUAGGCGAUGAUAUGGAGAAUCGGUGGGUGGAAACGAAAUAUCUCGGGUGCUGAAAGAGGCUGGUAGAGCGCACAGAUGUCGAGCGUGUUUGACGAGGGAGGACAAACAUCAGAGCGGGAAGCUUGGUUUGCACACACACAUUUCUACAGCCGUGCGCAUAUCAACAAUCUAAAUAUGCCCCACGUAGAUACUG